AUGGACCUGAGGCCACUGCAGGCCAAAAGAAGGCUGCACCCUCCCCUCUCAGAGCAGGAAUGGAGGCCAAGGGCUGAAUGUCAAAGACCUUCAACUACCCCCACCCCGCUCCUGGCAACCACCCUAGCAACAGGACAGUUAACCAAGUUGGAAAGCCUAGGGCCCGUGAUCUCCCUCGACCGCCCGCUUCCCCGCCGCCUCCCGCAUCUCGAUCAUCGUGGAGUGUCGAGACGAUCCGGAUCAUCACAGGAACAAACGCAACAAGAUCCAACCUCCGCGCUCCCGGUCGGUCCCACCUCUGGGCGCCACCGCUUCCCCAAUUUCCUGGGCGCCCCCGCCGCUCACCUGGCUGUGACUUGGGCUCCACGCGCUCAGAGCGGCCGAUCGUCCCUCCAGACCCCUCGUCCACGGGACCCGCAAUAUCAUCUUACAGAGAUUUGUGACAACGGCCUUGCUGCUGCUCUUUAUGAACAAUAUAGACAAGUGAAGAUGGAACUGCACCGUUUGAAAUCCUGUUCCCAGGACAUGGUGACCUUCCCCGAUGUGGCUGUGAUCUUCUCCCCAGCAGAGUGGCUGUACCUGGAUGCCUCUCAUCAGAAACUCUACAGAGAUAUGAUGCUGGAGAUCUACCAGCACCUGUUGGACAUAGGACAGUGCAGCAUGAAGCCUGCUCUGAUCUCCUGGUUGGAAGAAGGAGCCCUUGGCAAGCUGCAGAGAGGUGCGUUUGAAGCCGGUUGUGGGUCACAAAAUGUUGUACGAAGGCGAUACAACUCGCAGGAUUCCUCUGAUACUAAGCGAGGUGGAUUCAGUCUGAGAGAACUGUCACACCAGAAUGAUCCAAAGGAAGUUUGUACAGGAAGCAAAUGUCAUCUAUGUCCCGAGAAUGGCAAGUCCUUCGCGUACUCUUCGUCCCACACUGAACACAUGAAAAUUCAUAUAGGAGAGAAGUCUUACAUGUGUCAGGAGUGUGGAAAGUACUUCACUCAGUCUUCAAAGCUUAACAGACACAUGACAAUUCAUACAGGAGAGAAGCCUUAUUCAUGUAAGGAGUGUGGAAAGGCAUUUUCUCUAUCCUCAAAUCUUAACAAACACAUGAAAAUUCAUACAGGAGAGAAGCCUUAUUCUUGUAAGGAGUGUGGAAAAGCAUUUGUUCAAUCCUCAGACCUUAACAAACACAUGAAAGUUCAUACAGGAGAGAAGCCUUAUUCAUGUCACGAGUGUGGAAAGGCAUUUGUUCAAUACUCAGACCUUAACAAACACAUGAAAGUUCAUACAGGAGAGAAGCCUUAUUCAUGUCAGGAGUGUGGAAAGGCAUUUGCUCAAUCUUCAGUCCUUAACACACACAUAAAAGUUCAUACAGGAGAGAAGCCUUAUUCAUGUCAGGAGUGUGGAAAGGCAUUUGCUCAAUCCUCAAAGCUUAACAGACACAUGACAAUUCAUACAGGAGAGAAGCCUUAUUCAUGUCAGGAGUGUGGAAAGGCAUUUGCUCAAUCCUCAGACCUUAAGACACACAUGAAUGUUCAUACAGGAGAGAAGCCUUAUUCAUGUCAGGAGUGUGGAAAGGCAUUUGCUCAAUCCUCAAAGCUUAACAGACACAUGACAAUUCAUACAGGAGAGAAGCCUUAUUCAUGUCAGGAGUGUGGAAAGGCAUUUGCUCAAUCCUCAGACCUUAAGACACACAUGAAUGUUCAUACAGGAGAGAAGCCUUAUUCAUGUCAGGAGUGUGGAAAGGCAUUUGCUCAAUCCUCAAAGCUUAACAGACAUAUGACAAUUCAUACAGGAGAGAAGCCUUAUUCAUGUCAGGAGUGUGGAAAGGCAUUUGCUCGAUCCUCAAAACUUUCUGAUCACAUGAAAAUUCAUACAGGAGAGAAGCCUUAUUCAUGUCAGGAGUGUGGAAAGGCAUUUGCUCAAUCCUCAAAGCUUAACAGACACAUGACAAUUCAUACAGGAGAGAAGCCUUAUUCAUGUCAGGAGUGUGGAAAGGCAUUUGCUCAAUCCUCAGACCUUAAGACACACAUGAAUGUUCAUACAGGAGAGAAGCCUUAUUCAUGUCUGGAGUGUGGAAAGGCAUUUGCUCGAUCCUCAGACCUUAACAUACACAUGAAAAUUCAUACAGGAGAGAAGCCUUAUUCAUGUCAGGAGUGUGGAAAGGCAUUUGUAACAUCCUCAAAUCUUAACAUACACAUGAAAAUUCAUACAGGAGAGAAGCCUUAUUCAUGUCAGGAGUGUGGAAAGGCAUUUGUAACAUCCUCAGACCUUAACAAACACAUGAAAGUUCAUACAGGCGAGAAGCCUUAUUCAUGUUAGGAGUGUGGAAAGGCAUUUGCUCGAUCCUCAAAACUUUCUGAUCACAUGAAAGUUCAUACAGAAGAGAUGCCUUAUUCAUGUUCGGCGUGUGGAAAGGCUUUUGGUGAAUCCUCAAGCCUUAACAGACACAUGAAAAUUCAUAUAGGAGAGAAGCCAUAUUCAUGUCAGGAGUGUGGAAAGACAUUUGCUGAAUCCUCUAAUCUGAAUAAACACAUGAAAGUUCAUACAGGAGAAAGCUGCAACACACGCUGGGUCGUGCGUGAUUCUGUGUUAUGGGCCACAGCCUCGAGGGAACAGACCUGCCUAUAUCUUGAUGGGAAUGAGGACCCUGGGGUCACCUGUCCAAUUGGAGGCCAGAAUGAGGAAAGCGUCCUCGCAGUGGAGACCCAGUCUAUUUGUGACCUCACUCCUGAGUCUGCUCCGUCCAGUCCCUGGAUUCAGAACCCCACAGUUGAGUCACUUUCUGCCAAGCAACCAACAGUGUCUUCUCUGAGCCCCACACUUCGAGAGGCUCACAAGCACAUUCUCCAUGGAGUGAUGACUCCCACAUGCAGUCAAUGUGAGGGGGACCUCCCCUGUGUUUGGCACAGUGAUGUGCCCUCAGAUACCCCUAGUACACAAGAGUCCACUGACAGUCAGCAAAGUGGAUACACUCUGAGUCAAUGGUCACACCCAAAUGAUCCUCAGGAAGUUGGGAAAGAAAACAAAUGGCAUAUUUGUCCUGAAUAUGGCAUGGCCUUCAAUUCUUCUUCUUCCUUGAUUGUACCCAAGAAAAUUCAGGCAGUAGAAAAGCCUUAUACAUGUCAGGAGUGUGGAAAGGCCUUUUCUCAAUCCUCAAUGCUUAUUAGGCAUAUGAAUGUUCAUACAG